AUGGGGAAUCAGAGAAAGCCAAUUAACAAAAAUCCAAAGGAUGAAAAGCAUGUUGUUAAUGAUCCUCGUUUCCAAUCUGUUCAUUCCGAUCCCAGAUUUUCAAAAGUUCGCCGUGGCAAUUUGAAAGUCAAAGUCGAUGAACGUUUUAAAUCAUUGAAAGACGACAAAGACUUCAAAACUUCUGCUAGCGUAGAUAAAUAUGGAAGAAGGAUAAACCAAGAUAAAUCGACAAAGGAAAUUGAAAGACUUUACGAUGUUGAGGAUGAAGAUUCCUCCUCUGAAAAAUCUGAAUCUGGAUCAGAUGAAGAAAAUGAAAAUGAAAAUGAGGAUGAAAAGGAAGCUGACGAAGAAGAAGAAGGCUCAGUGGAGUCAGAGAGUUCAGACGAAGAAGAAGAUGAUGAAGAAGAGCCUGUCUUUGAUCCAGCUCGCGGUGAGGGUAUCGUAGGUGCUUCGGAAAGUGAAGAGAGUGACGAAGAAAGUGAGAAUGAAGUCCAACCGGAAGUUACCGAGCUUGCUGGUUUAGAAAGUGAAGAUCGUAUUCCUCGUGGAAACGAAACUAGUAGAAUAGCCGUUGUGAAUAUGGAUUGGGAUAACAUAGAAGCAGUUGAUCUUUUUGCGGCUCUUUCUUCUUUCUGUCCCCCAUCUGGAAAGUUGUUGAAAGUUUCUGUUUAUCCUAGUGAAUUUGGCAAACAACGACUCAGCGUUGAGCAUGUCCAAGGACCACCACGUGAAAUCUUUGCUCCAAAGAACGACAGCUCUUCCUCCUCCAACGAUCUUCAAGAAGCUCAAGAGUACGGCUUUGAUGAGAAGGAAGGAUCUGAGUCUGACGACGAUCAAGCAGGUUUGAUCGAAGAGGAUCUGGGUGCUGAAUUUGACAUGGUAAAAUUACGACAAUAUCAAUUGGAAAGACUUCGCUAUUUCUACGCAGUCGUUGAAUGCGAUAGUGUUCGUACCGCGAAAACUAUUUAUGACGCUUGUGAUGGCGCUGAAUACGAAACCACAGCAAACAUAUACGACUUGCGCUUUAUUCCUGAUGGCGUUAGUUUUGAAGAGGAUGAACCCAGAGAAAUAUGUACAAAGGUUCCUGAAAAUUACGAGCCUCGUGAAUUUGUGACGGAUGCUCUACAGCACUCGAAGGUAAAGCUUUCCUGGGAUGCAGAUGAUCCAAACCGAAAGGAUCUAAUUAAAAAAGCAUUUACAUCUCAAGACCUUGAAGAUCUGGACUUUAGUGCUUAUGUUGCAUCUAGCGAAUCUGAGGAUGAAGAUACUGAUGAGUUGCGCUCUCGAUACCAGAAAUUGCUAAACGGAGAUGGAGAAGAUGAAGCUGAACGUAACCCAUUCGAAGAGCCUGGUAAGUCUGAAGGCGGAAAGGGCGAUAUGGAGGUAACAUUUACUUCUGGAUUGGAUGAAACAGAAGAUAAAGGGGGUGAAGAAGAUGAAACCACUAUUGAAAAAUACAAGCGUAAGGCCGCUGAAAGAAAGCAACGAAGGAAAGAAUUGAGAAAAACUAGACAAGAGGAAACAAACGGAGGAAAGGAAGAAGACUUAGGUUUUAAUGACGAAUUCUUUCAAGAUGGUUCUGUAAAGAACCGUAAGAAGAAAACUACGAAAUCGAAAGAAGUUGAAGAAGAUCCCAGUGCUGCUACGAAGGAAGAACUUGAAGCUAUUGUGAAAGACGACGCGGAUGGUUCGGAGCAUCUUGAUCACUUUGACAUGAAGAGCAUCUUGAAAGCCGAAAAAAAUAAAAAGGGACGCAAGCAGAAGAAAAAGGCUGCUGAACUGGAAGGUCUGCAAGAAGGGUUUGAUGUUAAUGUCUCUGAUCCUCGAUUUGAAGCGUUGUAUUCUAAUCACAACUUUGCUAUGGAUCCCACCAAUCCUCACUUUAAGAAGACCAAGACAACAGAAAAGAUUUUGAACGAAGGAUUGAAACGUCGUGAGCACAGCCUGGAACAAGUUGAAGAAGGAAAGGUUGAGAAAAAUGUUAAGAAGCGUGGUCCUGUCAAGCAAGAUAAGAACCAGGAUCUUAACAGAAUCGUGCAAUCCAUUAAGAGGGCGAAAAAGUAA